CCAAGAUAGCGUCUAGUCUGCUUUACUAACUAAGAAGAAGAACUGGUGGCGUCAUCUGCAAGCGACGGUCAAGUUUUCGUUCCAUGAUUUUACCAUGGCUGACGAGGAAUCAAAAAAGGUGAUCAAGUUAGUUCCUGAAUAUUUGCUGAAAAAGAGGAAAGCAUACCGGGCCAUUAAAGCCACACAAGCCAAGCUUGCACUGCUUGACAAGAGAAAGGUAUCAAAAGGCAAACCAUUAAAGUUCAAACGUUUGGAAGAUUUCCUGAAAAACAGCCACAAGAGACAUCGUGAUGAAACUCGCAUCUCGAGAGCCAAGCGCAGGCCGCCGCCCCCUCUGCCUCCUGCUAAGAACAGGCUAGCCUUCGUUGUCCGCAUCAGAGAGAUUAAAGGUGUGAGUCCUAAAGUGAUGAAGGUCAUUCAGAUGUUGAGGCUAAGAAAGAUCUUCAGUGGGACCUUUGUCAAAAUUAACAAGACCUCUGUAAGCAUGAUGAAGAUGGUUGAGCCUUAUGUGGCCUGGGGAUUUCCCAACUUGAAGUCUGUUCGUGAGCUCAUUCUGAAGCGAGGACAGACCAGGGUCGGCAGGAGGAGAGUUCCUCUCACAGACAACGCAUUCAUUGAGCAGCAGAUGGGUAAACAUGGCAUCAUCUGUUUGGAGGACCUGAUCCAUGAAAUCUACUCAGUCGGUAAGGGCUUCCGCGCCGCCAACAACUUCCUGUUGCCUUUCAGGCUGUCAGUGGCUCGUCACGCUGCCAGGGAUAAGGCUGGGCUCCUGAAGGACCUGGGAAACCCUGGAUUCCGUUGUACAGACAUUAACUCUAUCAUCAGACAACUAAACUAGGAGUUAACACCUGCAACAUGAACACUCAGCGGCAACGUUGGGAUGCUUGACUUCAUGAGGAGCAGAUGACAGUCACAAUAAAAUAAUACAUAUUGUUUCUUUGUUUCAGCCUGUACACCCGUUCUCUGGUUAGAGAGCACUAAGACACACCAGAAAAGUGGAGUUCACUGUCUUUAUCUGCGUUUUCUGUUUCACAUUUAUGUAUUUAAAAAUGUGGUGCCCCUGACCAUGGACUGAUGGGCACAGUUGUGCUCUUGGGUGAAAAUGUAACAAUAUUUGAAAUCACUGAAUAUUGUAUGUUAAUGGUUGCUUAGUACAAAUAAUAUUUGUCAAAGGUGGUCAGAGGAAUGGGUUUGUGUUCGCUACAUACUAUAUGUAAGGACAGGAGCUGAGUAGAAAGGAUGGAUUGUCCUGCAUACAGGAGUCACCAGCCCACAUGCCCCAGGUUAAUUUACUGCAUUCAGUAGAUUUCAGUGUGAAAAGUUGGCAAGUCUGAAAAAUCUGUUUUAACGCUGAUUGGUGUAUUGAUUUAUUAUUCAUUGAUAAUACAUUGUUUUUACAGUAAAAAUGA